CACCAUUCAUUCCUGCGAUCAGCGUCCUGUAGUGCGCGUCUGGCUCUCUUCUCAUCCUCUCCGCCUGAUUUUUCACUCGUCUUGAGGAUGCUGUGCGGAAUCAAACACUCAUUCGUCUUCUGCAUCAGUCGUGCAGCGUUUCCUCGCGGAUGCUGAAUAUCAGGUUCUAUGUCAAGACAUUUCUAAAUCUGUUGUUGUUUACCCACCUUGACAUGUUGAAGACAACUCCUGAUGUCAUCUUCUCAAAAUCAGUAUCUCACAUAACAGUGUGAAAGAUGUCAAUACUUACUUUAGCUUUAAGUUUGAAAGCGGUGAGAGCUCCAGACCUCAAGGGAGGAUCAACAAGACUCUACAUGAAAGCUUGAGAACACAUGAACCUUCAGGAAACAUGAGUGUGAAUGAUGAACACACCAGACCCUUCGGGACCAGCAAUAAAGAUGGCUGUAAGGAAAUCAGGAACAACAACAGACAUACUGAAGAUUCCCUAGAUGGUGAUGCCAAUGCUAAUGAAAUCCAAAGAGGAGAUAAAGGAACAACUUUGGAGUCAACUGAAACCCUGUCCUCUGUGGUAUCUCACACUGAGGAACAGGUGAAGAUGAUUAUCCAGGGCACAGAUUCCCCAUGUGAUGACCCAGAGUUAGCUGAGUUUGAGAUGCUGGAAAGUCAGGAACUAGUGGAUGACGAAGAGAGCAGUAUUCCUAAAGGAGAUGUCAGGGGUGCUCUAUCCACCAAUAUGAUGCAGACUGAAGCAAUGUCUCCGAAGGUAGAAGGUAAAAGGUUCUCCCAGUUCAUUUCAAAGGAGCAAGAGUCUACUGUUUGUCCUAAGUCCACUAGCAAAGAAAUGGUGACCAGCAUAGCAAGGACUGUGUUUAGCUCUGAAAAUGAUGUUUUUGUCUCUUGCCUCUCCACAAUGUCUAGUCUUGGAGGAAGUCUUGCUAGUGCCCUGGACAAUGCAGGUCGAACCCAAAGCUCUGAUUCGUGGCAUGCUCCCUCAGGGCCAUACCGAACUCUCUCUGAGGACCUUACCCUUGCCUCACAGUCCUGUUUAACUAUUUCAGAUAAAAGUCGGAGCUCUGUACAUACUGAUGGCAUGCAUCAUCAAGCAGGAAAAAGUACAAUGCACAUCUACAGUGUUGAUCUCAAUCUUAACUCUACCACAUUGCCUGAGGAACCCCUUUUAGAAGCACAAGAAAACCAACCAGCUACAGACUUUGUAAUAUACGAGAACUCAGGUCAACUGACAAAUGGCAUGAGUGAUUGUAGCAUUGCAAGGAUCAAGAAGGUCCCUAAUGAAUCAGGAAGUACCAGUCAGGACAAUCUAGGAGAAUCUGGAAUUCAUGUAAAGGAGUACCAUGGAACAGAAGACAAGGCUCCAACUUUAAAAACAAUAUCAACUGAGAAGAAACAUUGCCAACAUCUUGUCUCAGAAAACACACAGUCUGCUUCACAGAACAGAAGGUUCUCUCAUGAUUCCGCCGCUGAAUCUCAUAAAAUUGCUCUUAAAACCUCAAAACUAACCUCAAAGGAUACACCUGUGCACUCUGGUGGUUCUGAACCCCAACCAUAUAAGAAGCAAUCUUCUUUUGAAAAGACCCGAAGUUCUAGUGCAUCAAGUUUGGAAAGGCGAAGACCUUGGGGCAGCCCAUCUCGCCCUGAGACCCCUCCAUCCCCUAAGACCACCUGUUCACCUCGGAAACAGCCUCCUUCAUCACCAGCCAAACCUAUUAGCACAAGAGAAGCAAGUCAGGAACGAAAUGAAACCUUACAGAGGGAAACAACUGGUUUGAGGCAACCAAGUAAAAGUUUUCUCGGUAGUAGUAGCAGUCUCCCAAAACCUGCUGUUCCUCAACAACCCACUAGAGCUGAGUUUGAAUCUAAGAAGUCUUCUCCACCUCAGAAGCCCAAAAAUGUUCGACCAAAAAUCAUAACAUAUGUCCGCAAAAGCCCUCAAGCUAAACCAAUGUCUGAAGGUCCCUAUGAAGUAUCGACGUUACCGCCAAGACUUACACCUUACAGUAGCUUACCAACCUCAAAAGAGUCUAAGGCCGAGGGGUCCAGAGGUUCACCUGUGCUGAGCUCCUCUAAUAUCCUUUAUGACAAGUAUCGUCAGGAAGUACAGAGGUCAGGGUACUACUCCCCUCCAGGACUGAUGGCGUCUGGGAUCAGGCCACCCAGCCACACUGUCCCCCAUAAACUGGUGGGCAAAUCAGAGAGUUUCCACGGGGAACUGCCAGAUCAAUAUUUACAGGGUGGUAGAGUGGUUCAGCUAAAUACCUAUGAUGCUGCUGCUGCCGUUUUCCGCUUUCCGAGAGCCUUAAGGCCUCAGCUUGGCCACGGAGCUGUCACUAGACAGCCUGCUACUAAGAACAGGACGGUAUUACCAGGUCAAAGGUCAGCGUCACCCCUCAGUUAUACGGCUCCAGCUGUUCAGGCCCCAAGUAGUCACCAGGAACCUGCAGUGGAUCAGAAGAGACUAGCAUUGGGUGUGGCCCCCAAAUUUAUGCUCCCCAAACCGGGUCAAUCUGGACUGCAUCCUCCCGGCUUCUCCCAUCUGCCUCCUGCUCGACUGGCCACCUUUGGCUUUGUCCGCAGUGCUAGCGUGUCUUCUGUGUCCAGCAACCAAUCGAAUGACAGCAUGCACAGUGACCCCUGCCGAUCCAACCGUCCACACAGCAGCAGUGAUGAAACUCUCCUCUCGCGCUCUCCUCUCCCUCCUGUUGAGAGCAGCAGGGAUGAAUUUACGUGA